AUGUACAUACAUUUCCUAUGUUUAUCAAGUUGUUAUGCAUUGUAUAUACUCUUUUUGUUACAAUUUUCAGUAAGUGAAGAAUUACAACCUCCAAUAAUUUUACGUGAAUCCAGUGAUGAUGAUGUACCAUUAGGUUCUCGUAAAGUUUUUACUUGUAAUGCAAUUGGUUAUCCUCCUCCAACAUAUAUGUGGUUACGUGAAUGGGAAAAUUUAACAUCAAAUUUUUCUUCAUUUAGUUAUUUUGAAAUAACAUCAGCUAAAAAACAAGAUCAAGGUUCAUAUAGAUGUUUAGCAAAAAAUGAUGUUGGAAUUGUUGCAAGUAAAGCAACACAUUUAACUAUUUGGUAUUUUGAUAGUUUAAUUAAUAAUCAACGUGAUCAAUUUAUAAAUGUAUAUGAAUCUGAUGCUAUUAUAUUAUAUUUACCAAUAAUAAAUUCAUCACCUGAACCAAGUGUACAAUGGUUUAUGAAAAGUAGUUCAUUAUCACGUGAUAAUAAACGUAUUAUAAUUAAUGAAAAAUAUUUUAUUACAUCAACACAUAAUCUUGUUAUACUUAAUACAGAAUAUCAAGAUGAAAAAAUUUAUUUUGCUAUUAUUGAAAAUAUAUUUGUUGGUGGUACAAAACAAUCAUCAGAUUUUCGUUUACAAAUUAAUCGACGAAAAACUCCAUUACAAAUUUCUAUACCAGAAUUUAUUGUUAAACCAACAGAUCAAUUAGCAACUAUUGGUGAUCCUAUUAAAUCAUUUGAAUGUGUUGCUAAUUCUGGUUCUAGUAAUUCUAUUGAAAUAAUUUGGCAAAAAAAUUCUAUAUUAAUUGAUCAAACAAAUGGACGAUUUCAUAUUGGUCCUUAUAAUCGAACACUUGAAGUUCGUGGAAUAAUUGCUGAUGAUCAAGGAAUUUAUUCAUGUCAUAUUCGAAUAAAAAAUUCCGACAUAUUUAUAAAUGCAAGUGCAAAAUUAAUUGUUCGAGGUGUUCCUAUAAUAACAACAAAUUUUCCACAUAUACAAAAUGUUGAUUUACAAGAUAAAACAAUUUUUACUUGUAAUGGUACACAAACAUCAACAAAUGUUAAUGUAACAUGGUAUAAAAAUGCUGUUCGUUUAAUAAAUCAAUCAUCGAAAAUUCAAUUAAUUGAAAAUAAAUUAAUAAUUAAUGAUAUUGAAUGGAAUGAUCAAGGUAUGUAUCAAUGUUUUUUAACAAAUGAUGUUGGUGAAGAUACUCGUUCAACAUGGUUAAAAAUUAUAAGUAAACCACCGACUGUGUCUGUUAGUAAAGAUUUAAUAGUUUUUAAUGGAACUGAUGUUCAAUUAACAUGUAAUGUUAAUGGAUCACCGUGGCCAAAUAUAACUUGGUUUAAAUUAAAUUUAAAUGAUAAUGAAAGAAUUUUAUUAAAUAAUAUUCAUGAAAGAUUUCAUAUUAAUCAUCGAACUGGUGUUUUAUCAAUAUCAAAUACAAUACGAAAUGAUUCUGGUCUAUAUGAAUGUUUAGUACAGAAUAUUCUUGGAUCAGCAAAUGCACGUACAACAUUACUUGUUCGUCGACGAACAAGAAUUAUAUCAUUACCACAAACAAUGAAAAUUAUUAAAGCCCAAUCAUUAAAACUUGUUUGUCAUGUAUUUAAUGAAGAUGAUGUAUCAAAAAAAAUUUCUUGGUAUUUUAAUUAUAAUCAAAUUAUACCACAGAAUAAAUUUUAUAAUGAAACUACUAUUUUAAUUGAUACACCACAAAAUCAAGAUUCUGUAUGUUAA